AUGCACAGCUAUCCAUACUGUUGGCGAUCGGAUACCCCUCUGUUGUACAUGGCCGUUCCAUCAUGGUUCAUACGCGUCGAACAAAUUGUCCCCAAACUAUUAGCAAAUAACGAUAAAACUUAUUGGGUUCCAACGUUUGUGAAGGAGAAGCGAUUUGCUAAUUGGUUAAAGGAUGCCCGUGAUUGGGCAGUGUCGAGAAAUCGAUUCUGGGGAACGCCAAUCAAUCUUUGGGUUAGCGAUGAUUUAGAAGAGAUUGUUGCACCCGCUUCAAUUGCUGAACUGGAAAAGCUAUCCGGACAAAAAAUCACGGAUUUGCACCGAGAAAAUGUUGACCAUAUAACGAUCCCAUCAGUAACCGGUCGAGGCGAGUUACAUCGUGUAAGCGAAGUGUUCGAUUGUUGGUUCGAAUCGGGUUCAAUGCCGUACGCACAAAAUCAUUAUCCGUUUGAAAAUCAAAAAAUUUUCGAGGAAAAUUUCCCAGCCGAUUUCAUUGCUGAAGGAAUCGAUCAAACUCGUGGAUGGUUCUACACACUUCUGGUGCUAUCAACGGCACUUUUCGACCGACCACCGUUCAAAAAUCUUGUCUGUAAUGGAUUAGUACUCGCUUCGGAUGGUUCAAAAAUGUCAAAACGAUUGAAAAAUUAUCCGGAUCCAAUGGAGGUAUCCAUAAAAUGCUUCUGUUUAAAUUCCCUAAAAAGCUCUGAUUGA